CGUCCAUAGCUCAAAAGUCUUACUACUGGUUCCAAACUCUCGCAAGCACAAUAUGGCCCCCGCCUGGCUUGAAAACUUUAUCACGCGCGAGGACGCUACCCCAGAUCCGCGACGCAACUCGGAGCAGCCUACGCUAGAGAUACACUAUACUGCCAUAGGCGGCCAUCGUCGUAUCUUGGGCGUGCAGGGCGACACAAGACCGCGUUACGAAGUCAAUCGACAAGCCAUACUCGGCGCUUGGGGGAGUAAGUGCCACAUCACGUCUCCUGCGAACGAAGGCAAAAAAGUGGCCAUCAUCAGCUUCCAUUCCCUCCCCCGAGCUUUCAUUGAGAUCGAGUUCCCGCAACGCCACCACCAAAUCGACAUCAGCACAAGCAAGCAACGAUUUGAUGCCAGCGGCGGGCUUGGUUGUCUUCAUUGGAAAGGCACCGGGAUGGAGGUGUGUGGCCAUGCAUCAUGGGAGCUACGUGAUGAGACGAGCCUUGUGAUGGCGGUGGACAUAGAUCAGAACCAAGUGAAUGGGGUUAUUCGUCUUUGGAGACAGAACCUAGAUGCUGAGACGGUAGAGGAACUCGUGGUUGCCGCAAUUGCUAAGAUCGAGGAGUAUAAGCUGACCAUAAGGACUUCAAAGACGUCCUUCGUCGGCGCUACUGCUACCGCGGGAUGGCUGGCCAGUUCUUAAGCGUAAAAGUGUCAUGAAUUGUUCUAUGCUGUAUACAUCUCAGCUUUCAGUAGUAGAAGUAGAGGUAGUUACCUAAUUUAGCGUAGGGCUCUCACUUUCGAAGGAGUCUAAGGGCGCUAAUGGAUGCUCUAGCUUAAACGUCCUGUAUAAGAAUGCUAAUUGGCAUUUAGCGUGUUGGCGAAGAUGUAU